UCCAAUCACCACCUCUGCUCCUGGCUCAGUUUCCCUGGCUGACGUCAGCUGACUGCCGUGGCUCUCCGCUCUCCGCUCCUCCGGACACAGCGCCGCGUAAAAAUGCUGCUCUCUGCGCCGCCAAGGACAGGAAUCAACGCAUAUAACGGCUACACCGGCAAAAACAACAAGAAGCAGACGUAUGUGUCCUCCUCCAACCAUCAGAUGACUCCCUCAAGCCCCAACAACAACAACAACAGCAACACCACCACCAUCAGCAAUGGCGGCAGCAGCAGUAGCAGUGGGGGGGAGCAGCUGAGCAAAACAAACCUGUACAUUCGUGGCCUCCACCCAGGAACCACAGACCAGGAUCUGGUCCAACUCUGUCAACCGUAUGGGAAAAUCGUAUCCACCAAGGCCAUCCUGGACAAGACUACCAACAAAUGCAAAGGCUAUGGCUUUGUUGACUUUGACAGUCCAGCCUCGGCUCAGAAGGCAGUGACAGCGCUGAAGGCGGGCGGAGUGCAGGCUCAGAUGGCCAAGCAACAGGAGCAGGACCCCACCAACUUAUACAUCUCCAACCUGCCACUGUCCAUGGACGAGCAGGAGCUGGAGAACAUGCUGAAGCCCUUCAGCCAGGCCAUUUCCACACGCAUCCUCCGUGAUGCUAAUGGAAUCAGCCGAGGAGUGGGCUUUGCCAGGAUGGAGUCAACAGAGAAAUGUGAAGCCAUCAUCCAACAUUUCAAUGGAAAAUAUAUAAAGACUCCACCUGGAGUUCCAGUACCAUCAGAACCCUUAUUGUGUAAAUUUGCUGAUGGAGGCCAGAAGAAGCGUCAGAGCCAAGGAAAAUAUCUGCAGAAUGGCCGGGCCUGGACGAGAGACGGGGAGACUGGAGGAAUGACACUUACCUAUGACCCCACCACAGCCUUACAGAACGGGUUCUACUCCUCUCCCUACAGCAUUGCCCCAAAUCGGAUGAUUGGGCCAACUUCCCUCUCCCCAUACAUGCACUCACCUUUGUCUACCUACCAGGUACACAACCCAUCCUGGAUACACCACCAGUCAUACAUCAUGCCGCCCACAGGAGCAGUCCUGACACCAGGAAUGGAUCACACCAUGUCCAUCCAGCCGACCUCAAUGAUAGGGCCCCUGGUGCAGCAGCUCAGCCACCUAUCCUUGGGUAGCAGCGGCACAUAUAUGCCUGCAAAUGCAUCUAUGCAGGGGACCUACAUCCCUCAGUACACCCAAGUGCCUGCCACCAAUAUCUCUGUUGAGGAAAGUGCCGUCCAGCAACCUGUUGCCAUAGAGACACCCACAGAACACACAUCCUACUCUUACCAGCAUAACAAAUGAAGAGGUGUCAGAGAACUUCCUCUGGAUCCGGAGUGACUCUCAAGGGGCCCGGGUGCUGAAACUAGGCACAGUGACUCUGCACGUAAAGAACCACAAACUCUGGGGGAACAUGGACUGUUACACAGAAAGGACCAAAAACAUUUCUACAAACUCAUAUUUUAAAACAAACUCUUUUACUCCAAACAAAGCAAGGUGGGAGGAUGGCUGGCAACGGGAAUGGAAGGAGCGUCUAUUUUGAUAACAUUCAAGAAAAAAGUCACACACACACACAGUCAACACACACUACAUCUUUAAAAGCUUUUUUAAAUGAUAUACUUUUUUUAAUAAUA